AGAAAUAAAAUACCAUUUGAUGUUUAAAAUUAUUGGAGCUAUCUUAAUGACGGAAAUAGAUGAUUGGGAGGGGAAGAGGAUGCCUGAUUAUAUAUAUAUUCAUGAAGGUGUCGAAGGUUUAUAAAGUCAAUGUCUGCAGAUGAGAAAGCAGUGGUUCUCUUAGGACUUCUUGGGGAAGUGUGGUCCCAGUGGUCAUCACCAUGAACAGCCAGGUGUCAGCCCGGAAAGGGACACUCCUCCUGCUGAUGAUGUCAAACCUUCUGUUCUGCCAAAAUGUGCAGACCCUGCCAGUCUGUUCUGGUGGCGACUGCCAGACACCUCUCCCGGAGCUGUUUGACCGUGUGGUCAUGCUUUCUCACUACAUCCAUACCCUGUAUACAGAUAUGUUUAUUGAAUUUGAUAAACAGUAUGUCCAAGAUCGUGAGUUUAUUGCCAAGGCCAUCAAUGACUGCCCCACUUCUUCCCUAGCUACUCCUGAAGACAAGGAACAAGCCCAGAAAGUCCCUCCGGAAGUUCUUUUGAACCUGAUCCUCAGUUUGGUGCACUCCUGGAAUGACCCUCUGUUUCAACUAAUAACUGGACUAGGUGGAAUCCAUGAAGCUCCUGAUGCUAUCAUAUCAAGAGCCAAAGAGAUUGAGGAACAAAACAAGCGGCUUCUUGAAGGGAUUGAAAAGAUAAUUAGCCAGGCCUAUCCUGAAGCCAAAGGAAAUGAGAUCUACUUGGUUUGGUCACAACUCCCAUCCCUGCAAGGAGUUGAUGAAGAAUCCAAAGACUUGGCUUUUUAUAACAACAUUCGGUGCCUGCGCAGGGAUUCCCACAAGGUUGACAAUUAUCUCAAGUUCCUGAGAUGCCAAAUUGUCCAUAAAAACAACUGCUAAGCCUACAUUCAUUCCAUGUACAUCUGAGAUGUUCUUAAAAGUCUAUUUCUUCAAAGGUUCUAUUUGCAUUACAACUUUCAGCACAUGCUUAAGUAUAAUUGGUCUCUUCUUAAAUAAUAAAAACAAACUUUUAAAAAAUGUCAAAGUCUCGAAAGGCCAUCUUUCAAUGUUUCCUUUGUUAAUUUAAUAGAAAAUCAUAUACGAAUUGGAAUUAUUUGACGGAUAUUGUCAUCAUCACAAUCAUCAUAACAUUAUCAAAUUUUGUCAUGAAUACCAGACUCUAGUUUUACAAAUAAUGCAUAUAGAAAAGUAGUUUAAAUCAGAAAGUUAAUAUAAGCCAAGAUUUUUAGAAUUGAAGAAAGAAGAAACUAUUAACAAGUCCAUCUUUUCUACCAAAAAGGAAGAAAACUGGAUCAUUUAUUUGACAGAAUUUUCAGGUAUAGGAAUGAGUAGACCAAGUGCUAUGGAACUGAAUUGCCUCUAAGAAUACCCUAUCAGCUAAGCAACCUGAAAUUGGUAGGAUACAAUGAGAUAUUAUCCCUAAAUAUCUUCUUAAAAUUGGCUUUAGCAAAUUUCCUUGGGACUCUCAAGUCUUUACAGUAAUUAUUUUACUCAAUAAGACAUAGUUAAGAAACUGAGGUUCAGACAGAAUAAUAGCAGAUUACAGAAAAUUAAGUGGAACAGUGUUUUCCACCUAUACUGAGUUAAUCAACUUAAGUGUUGGGAAGGAAAAGUUGGUAACUGAUUGAGGACAAAGAGUGCUGUAGGAAACGUUUUUUAUAGUUUUAUUAUUAUUCCUACAGAAUCUAAAUAAAAUGAAAAGUUUCAUUCUCUUGAAAUUGGUCACUGUGUGAAACAUUCUGUGACAUAUUUCUAUCUUCUACUUUGCCUAUUCAUGGGAAAAUGCAUCUGGAAAAUAAAUAUACCUAAUAAUAAAAA